AGAUAAUGUUGGUUUAUGAUGCCCACUUGGUCACAAAAAAAAUUAUAUAAGGCCAGCCUGCGCCCUGCAGGGAGAGGGCGGAAGCUAAUUAACAAGGGUAGUGGCGGAGGGUUUUAUUACUUUAUUUAGAUAAAUCAUCUGCUGUAUCAAGAAAUUUCCGGCGUAUGGAGGUGACGGUGGCGAUGGCGGUGGGUGUGCUAGUCGGAGCACUGCCGUUGGUCGGGCUGCUGGCGUGGUGGUGGAACGAGGCUCCCGCCGGCCACAUGGGUUUCCCUUUCUUGGGGGAGAUGCUUACUUUCCUCUGGUACUUCAAAGUCGUCAAACGUCCUGACGACUUCAUUAACUCCAAAAGACGCAAGUAUGGUGAUGGAGCAGGUUUAUUUAGAAGCCACUUGUUCGGCCAUCCGACGAUCAUAGCAUUUGCGCCGGCGGUGAGCAAGUACAUGUAUCAGAAAGACGACGAAUUUAUCAUCGGGUGGCCCAGCAUGGAACUUAUUGGCCUAACUUCCCUCGGGGCAGUACAUGGGCCGCGCCACACCAGGCUCCGAAGCUUCGUCACCAAUGCUAUGAACCAGCCCAAUGCUCUUCGACGAAUUGCAUUCCUUGUCCAGCCCAACAUAGUUGCUGCCUUGCAAUCCUGGGCCCAGACUAGCAGAGUCAACGCUUACAAACAAGUCAAGAAGGUAACAUUUGAGAACAUAGGAAGGCUGUUUGCAAGUUUGGAGCCAGGGCCAGAAUUAGUUGCCAUCGACGAACUAUUCCACGGUAUAUUGAAAGGGGUUAGAGCUCAACCUCUCAAGAUUCCUGGAUUUGCAUAUCACCACGGCGUUCAGUGCAGGAAAAAACUUAUGGAUAUAUUCAGGAAAAAGAUGGAGAAAAGGAAGAAGAUGGAGCUAGAUGGGUUAGAGUCCAAGACAAACGACUUAAUGGAUGGGUUGAUGGGAAUCCAGGAUGAGCAAGGGAAUAGAUUGAGUGAGCAGGAAGUGUUGGACAAUAUCGUGAACCUUGUGAUUGGGGGUUAUGAGUCUACUUCCGUUGUUAUCAUGUGGUCUAUUUAUUACCUUGCCAAGAACCCUCACGUUCUUAGGAAACUUAGGGAGGAGAACAUGGCCUUACGCAAGAACAAGACUGCUGGAGAGUUCAUCACAAGUGACGAUAUCUCUGAGCUCAAGUACACAAAGAAGGUGGUAGAAGAAACCAUAAGGAUGGCCAACAUUGCAGCUAUGGUUUUCAGAUUGGCUACCAAAGAUGUGGAGUACAAAGGUUACAGAAUUCCCAAAAACUGGAAAGUUGCGAUUUGGAUCCGAUAUGCGCAUACAAAUCCCGAACAUUUUCAGGAUCCCAUGUGUUUCAACCCAGGCCGAUGGGAUGUACCAGCCGCCCCUGGAGCGUACCAAGUGUUUGGCGGAGGGUCGAGAAUCUGCGCUGGAAAUAUGCUGGCUAGGAUACAAGUCGCCAUCUUUCUGCAUCACUUGUCCACUGGAUACAAGUGGGAACUGCUGAAUCCUGAUGCUCCUGCGAUUUACCUACCUCAUUCGAUUCCGACCGACGGGGUGGAGAUUUCGAUCGCCGCACUCUGACCUCUGCUUAAUAUCGGUGGAUCGGAACGGGAGCUGAAGACGGGGAAGCUGAGGAAUCCUUCUCCUUGCCGGAAAAGGAUUAGAAGCAGCGUCAAAACUCUGAUAUUUGAAUUAUUCUGCGGUUCAAUAUUGAAACUGCGUCGUUUGAUUUAUUUUGUAUUAAGUCCUUGAAGUUAUGAUUUGUGUAACUCGAGUCCUGUAGGUUGUUAGAAGUUGUUGAGGGUUUGCAGCUUGGUUGUUGAUGAUGGUUGCUGGUUUAUACGGCUGCGAGUUAGUGGUUAGAGGUGUGGAAGCCGAGUUUGUGGCUGAAGCACGUUUAAUUGAGGUCGAGACUUUUAUUCUGAAUAAAUUAUGUUAAAUUGC